AUGAAAGGCCUUCUGCUGCUCACCCUGUCUACUCUGCUCUGCUGGGUCUCAGCUGACAUUCGCUGUCACUCCUGCUACAAGCUCCCUGUGCUGGGCUGUGUGGACCGGCAGUCCUGCCGCCUGGAGCCAAACCAGCAAUGCAUAACAACAAAAGUGUACCUCGGUAAAAUGUGGGUUUUCUCCAACCUGCGCUGUGGCACACCACAAGAGCCCUGUACUGAGGCCUUGAACCAAAACAGCAGCAAGCUGGGUCUGACCUAUAACACCACCUGCUGCAACAAGGACAACUGCAACAGCCCAGCCCCCCGGCCCACCCCAGCCCUGGCCCUCCUGCUCUUCACCUCCCUGGCUGGCGUUGGCCUCUGGCUGCUGCACUGAGACUCACUCACUCAGUGGCUGCCCCUCCUCCCACCUGCCUCAGCCAGAGCCUCUCUUCCUGUGUCUCCAUUUCCCCUGGCUUCCCAGAAUGGUCUCUCCCUAUCUCCUUUUGCUCUGUGAAGGUUUCCCCAUCCCUUCCCGUUUCUUUUGUUAGACACUCCCUGAGUGGUCUCCAUCCCCACCCCUCCACUCUGCUUCUAUCCAGUCCCUUCCCAUUUCCCUUCUAGACCACCCUGGAUCCUCCAGUGCCCCCCUUGAAGGGCUCCCCCUUUUGCCUCCUGUGCCCUCCCCUGCCCCACUAGG